AUGCCGUACGACAGCGCCAUCACGGUCUUCUCCCCCGACGGGCACUUGUUCCAGGUUGAAUACGCCAUGGAAGCCGUGCGAAAGGGCACGCUGACCGUCGGCGUGCGCGGGAGCGAUAUCGUCGUCCUUGGCGUCGAACGCAAGGCGGUGCCGAAACUGCAAGACGCGCGAACGAUUCGAAAGAUUCAAUUGCUGGACGAUCACAUCGCGGUGGCGUUCGCGGGGCUCACGGCGGACGCGCGGAUAUUGAUCAAUCGGGCGCGGACGGAGUGCCAGAGUCACCGUUUAACGCUAGAAGAUGAAGCGUCGGUGGAAUACAUCACGCGAUACAUAGGCGGGGUGCAGCAGAAGUACACGCAGAGCGGAGGGGUGCGCCCGUUUGGGCUGAGCACGCUCAUCGCCGGGUUCUCGCCCGAGGGGAAGCCGCAGUUGUUUCACACCGAUCCAAGCGGCACGUACAGUCAGUGGAAGGCAAACGCGACUGGACGUAACUCAAAGUCGGUUCGAGAGUGGUUAGAGAAACAUUAUGAAGAUUUUAGUGGGGAAGAAGCGAUCAAGUUUACGCUCAAGGCGCUCCUGGAAGUCGUCGAGCCCGGGUCGAAGAACAUAGAAAUCGGCGUGAUUCGCUCGCCGACCAGUGGGUUAGAGAUGCUCUCCGCGGAGACAAUCGAUGCGCUCGUGAAGAACAUCGAAGACGAAAAAGCAGAGCUCGACAAGGCGAAGAAGGAGAAGGCCAGGGCUGCUGCGGAAGCCGCCGCCGCCGCCGCGACUCUAUAA